GACGUCGAUGCACCCAAAAACGAGAGAAGCAACACCGAACAACUGAUUGACGCUGGAGCUGACGUCAAUGUUCCAAACAAAUAUGGUAACACGCCUCUAAUGAUGGCUGUAGAGAAAGGAUGGAAUAUCUCACCACUUCUCACAACUGGGGCAAAUGUUAAUUCACAAAAUAAAUUGGGUGAAACAGCGCUGCAUCUUGUAAGUGAUCACAUGUAUGAACAUGCACCCAUAAAUGAGAGACAAAGCAACACCGAACAGCUGAUAGCCGCUAGAGCUGACGUCAAUGUUCAAGACAAAAAAGGUAACACGCCUCUGAUGACGGCUGUAAAGAAAGGAUGGAAUAUCUCACCACUACUCACAGCUGGGGCAAAUGUUAAUUCAAAAAAUAGAUUGGGUGAAACAGCGCUGCAUCUUGUUGGUGAUGAACACAAAGGUGACUGGUAUGGAUAUGCACUCAUCAAGGCGAGACAAAGCAACACUGAACAACUGAUUGCCGCUGGAGCUGACGUCAAUGUUCAAGACGAAGAGGGUAACACGCCUCUGAUGAUGGCUGCAAUGGCAGGACGGAAUAUCUCACCACUUCUCACGGCUAGGGCAGAUGUUACUUCGAAAAAUGGAUUGGGUAAAACAGCGCUGCAUCUUGUUUGUGAACACCGAUAUCCCCUGUUUGGAGACUCAGUCACACACAAGAGAGUCACAGAACAACUGAUAGCUGCUGGAGCUGACGUCAAUGUUCAAGACAAAGAUGGUAACACGCCUCUGAUGAUGGCUGUAAAGACAGAACGGAAUAUCUCACCACUACUCACAGCUGGAGCAAAUGUUAAUUCAAAAAAUGGAUUGGGUAAAACAGCGCUGCAUCUUGUAAGUGAUCACAUGUAUGAACAUGCACUCAUAAACGAGAGACAAAGCAACACCGAACAGCUGAUAGCCGCUGGAGCUGACGUCAGUGCUCAAGACGAGGAUGGUAACACGCCUCUUCACAUUUGUGUAAAGAAUAAUGAUUACCGUUCUGUCAAAGCCCUUUUGGGUGUUUUACCGUCUGAUGUCAAUAUUAGAAAUAGAAAUGGAAAAUCAGCGUUGGACCUCGCUGAAGAGGCUGAAGAGGAAUUUUCAGGAAAAGACCACAAUUAUCGUUUGGUGCACCGGAAUAUCCUCAUGAUCCUCAAGGGGAUAACACAGAAGCAAUAAUACGUGCAAUCCUCCGCAGACAUCCAGAUCCCAAUGCUGAAGACCACAGUGAUAGAAUCCCUUUGACAAAUGCUAAAAUGUAAGGCAACAUAUCUCUUGAAGAACUUCCGUUAUCUUGAGGAAUAACGUCAGAGGAGUCAGGGUUUGUCUCGUCGAGGCCAAGACCUUAUUAUUAUUCAUCAUCAGAAAAGACGAAAUUGAAAAUGCAAGAAAAGACUAAAAACCCGUGGAAGGGAACGUUUGAAGGGAAUAUGGACGUCAAUUAGACCAAUGUCACCAAAAGGAACUUGAUAAUGUCUUGACAAGAUAGUCCAAUUGUCAUUGUUGCAGACAUUAUGCAUUUCAAGUGUGUGACAUUUAGGACAUGUUUCGUGGCAGAUUCUGUUUGGUACCAUGAAUGUCCAGCAUGCAUAAAGUCAUCAAUGCUUCCACCUUCUAUAAAUAUUUGAAAAUAGUCAAAUCGUACAAUUGGCGACUGGACAAACAUUCCCAUACACAAAGAAGUAAUGACCAGUACAUGAAUUAAAAGCAAUGCAAAUCCUUAUCUGGACAUCAUAAGGUGAUAUUUGUCUCUUAUUUCAAUAACAGAAAAAGUAUGUAAUAUACACAUCAUGAUCGUGUAUUAUGACUGGAUAAUCACUAUCAUAACUUCGAACGUAUGUUUGUAAAAAAUAUUUGUAUUUUCAAUGAAAUUAAGUAAUAAUUACUCUGCUUACGAACGAGUAUUGAGUAAUUCCUAUCUGUGUAUAAGUUUCAAAAUUAUUUUAGCUUUUCAGACGUAGUACAUUUUGAUAAUAGUAUAGUGAUGUAUAAGGAAAAAAGGGAUGGUCUUAAUAGAAAGAUAAGGGUUUAAACAAUUAAGAUGCUACCAGUUUGAGUCUUCAGUUUGAAUGAUUUUAUAUGUUUAAUGUGGACAUUGCACCUCUUGAGUUAUUCAAUUUUUGCAGUCAGGACAUAUACAUGGUAUACAUAGAGAAGCUGUAUCAUGUUCAACCAAACUUUGAUAAUAUUAUGUUUAAUUUUUUUACGUUUGUGUAUACACGUACUCUUGUGGAUUAGUUUUGUGCCUUAUGCAUAUGCCUUUCUAACACAAUAUAAUUUAUUGAUUAUACUUAAUUGAUUGUAUGUACAUGGGUAUAGCACACAAUGUUUGGUACAUACAUAUUUAAAGUUUGGCAAAUCAGUGAUCUAUGAUUUCUUGUGAGCAGUGUAGGUUGAUACUACAUUUGUCCUCAGUACUUUUCAUAAGCAUUCAUAAUUGUAGUUGCCAGAGCAUUUAGUCUAUUGGCUGGGUUAGUUUUAUACGUCAGUAGAUACUUGUAAUGUAUCUGAGCGUGUUAUCUUUUGGUGAAUUUUAUCAGACGGAAUAUUUUGUUGAUUGUACAAGAUUUGCUGCUGGUAAAAACUUGACCAUUUUCGUUUUUUGUGUUCGUUAGUUCAGACAAAUAAACUCUUUGAGCUAAUUCUAUGACACUAUAAAUAGAUGCAUUGAUAAAAGAUGUUCCCUUUUCACAAAUCUUUUUUUAAUCCUCGUUUUACAUUCUAUUGUAUUAUUUCAGACCCGUUUGUUAUCCUCUUGUCUUGCAAUGAAAUAUCAGAUAUUUGUUUUCCUCAACCACCCAUGUAAAAUGAAAACAUGGCGGUAUUGCUUUAGUCAGCAUGUUUGUGGUAUUUUCUGUGUUGAGUCCUUUUGCUUAGGAAUGUCUUAAAUGUUGUUUAUUGCUAAUUCAUUACAAACAUAAUUUGUUGAUUGUGAUUCUUAUUGACUAAAGUUAUAAACAUGUCAUAGACUACCCUACCGUUUAGUCUGACGGUUGCCAUAGUAACCCAUGUCUAGUCUACAUGGUAUGCUGAUUUUGAGUUGGUUAGAUAUUCCAGUUCACAUGUACGUUAACUUUGGGUCCGAGAUUCUAAAUGUACGGUUACUUUGGGUCCGAGAUUCUAAAUGUACGGUUACUUUGGGUCCGAGAUUCUAAAUGUACGGUUACUUUAGGUCCGAGAUUCUAACCUAGUGUAUUCGCUAGCUUCAUGAAUGUAAUAAUAAUCUGUUCGUUACUACUACUGUUACUAUUAUUGAUUCUGACCUAUUUUGGCGACAUUAUUUCAUAUGCUUCUAAGUAUAUAAUGUAUACAUUAAAUUAGUUUUGGAUUUCAUGUUACAAGGAUGUAACUUAUAAAAUGUACGCUAAAAUGUUUUAAUGAGGAUAAGAGGGCAAUAGGUGUGAUCAGUCGAUUGACAGCAACACAGUAGAAAACAUUAACAACCGAAGGUCCCUUUUACAAGAUUUUUCUUUCAAACGUUAAUGUGCCUAAAACAAGUGUUUCACUGUAUUAGUAUGCGUAUUUAUGCUUUUUACUCUAGUCCAGCUUGCUACCACAUAUUGAGUCUAAUUAUCAUAUACACACACCUUACAUAUUCUGAAACCCAAGACAGCAGCUUUAUUUCUUUCCAACUUUGUUCAAUUUCAUUUACAAAUGAAUAUAGACAUGAUGACUCCAUCGUACAUCUAUCUCAACUACAUGAGAUCUAGAUACUAUUCAUUUGUUCAUAUAUUCACAGUCCCGAGCCAGUCGAAUUCGAGUUUAGAAUUGGUCCUCAGGAACCUAUGUUUGUCGUAAGGGCAACAAACAUGGAUAGUCGACCAGACUGAGUGACUUGAUUGAAUGCGUACCAAGGCCGUGUGGGAUGUUGAACAGAAUAUUAUCAACUGGUUUGUCUGUUCCAGGCUCGAGUAUUUACCGACUGCCUUGAUACAUCUUUGUAUAUUUUGCUUAGUGUCACUACUAGCAACCUAAACUUGGCAUUGUUUUACAUACAUGCUUAUAUAGUUUAUGUAUUACUAUAUGUCUGCCAACGUAGAGGAAAUAAACAUGGUUGAGGGUAA